AUGGCUUUCUUAAAAAAAAUAAAAAAAAAAUAGGUACAAAAUAAAUUUUCAACAGAGAAGAAAGAAACCAAACACAUCCACCCCCACACUUGUCCAGUCUCAUUGGCUCUGCCAUGGAUUCCACUCAACUUUAUCGUCUGGGCUUCGAUUCAAUUUUUAGUUAAUAGUCAAUCCACUUGUUCCACCUUUCAACUUAUUCUUCAGGAUUCAGUAAUAAUCUCCUUUUGAUCAAUGUAAUGGUCAUAUUGUCCGCUGUGUACUUUCACGAAGUUCAGGGUAGCUUUGUGAGCAACCAUGGCUACUUUGUUUCUAAUUUCGAAGCACUUCUGUUCCCAUGUUGUACCUGGUGUCAGCCAAUUGUUUCAUGCUCAUGUUCUUCCCCGUCUCCGUGCUUUUUCCAUUCUAUAUUUGUCCAUAGUCCUUGGGCUUGCGUACUUGGCUAUGAUCUUCUUUAGUUAUAGAAGGUUUCAAGCGUUGAAGGACCAGUACAAGUGGCUUAGAUUGGAAUGGAAGUUUUUUAAUGCUCUCAUAAAAGAUGUGAAAUACGUUUCGGAUUUGGGGAAGAAAGUAGAUGAGAGAGCCCAUCAACUUUGGGAUUCACAACUGAGACCGGGAGCGAUAGUACAACUAAGUGAUGUUGAGAAAGAAUGGGUACGUUCAAUCGAAACCUCGGUCGGCAAGGCAAAGAGACGCUGUGACACCUAUGAGAGCCUGAGUCGAAGAAGACAAUUUCUGAGGUGGGUUUACUCCGUUUUAAUGGAUUUCAGAAAAUUUCGUCCCCUCGAAAAUGAAAUAGAAGCGAUCAACGAUGACUUGGUUGAUCAUCUUUUCUCGAAAUGUAGAAAGAUAUAUGGAGCACUAGAGUGGUCAAGGUCUAAUGUCAGAAGCCUACAGGACAGACCCAUUGUGGAAAAAUACCCUUAUUAUUAUAAUCGAGCUGUGCCACCAACUCACUCUGUUGAAGAGAAAUUGAAGGACCUAAUCAAUGGUAAGCCAGAUGUAGUGAGUGACAGUAAAGAGGACAUACGGUACCGCAUCGAGUUUCCGGUGAAGCUACUGCUUGCUUUCCUGGAAGAUUUAUAUGGGCUUAGAAUGGAAACUAAAACGGAGAAGGCCUGGGUUGAGCUUGUGGAGGAGACCAUACUCGAACUACAACAAGACUUGGAUGGCAUAAUCCAAAUAGCUAAUCGAAUGAACUGGAUUUUCUACAUCGGUAAUUGGAUAGCAAGGCGUAAGCUCAAGAAGAAGUAUCGGUUGUAUGCCGGAAUGCUCUCUGCUCUCAUUAUGCAUAAGAGCGUAUGUGAUUUCAAAUUUAUUAGAAGAGAUGUAUUAAAAUCUGUCCAUCGGUCCCCAGAACAACAAAAGUUUCCAUUUCAGUUUCAGACCACAACUGAUGACGACGAUAUUUCUUCUCUUCUAAACAACUUUAACAAUCAGCUCAAGCAGGGGUCAGACAUGGAUGAGUUCACACAACUAUACAAGACUUUCGAAAGACUAAACAAACUUCUCAUGGAUUCAAAAGCAGUUGAAGGCAUAAAGCAUUCAAGAAUGGCCUGGACAGAUCAACUGAAGAUAAUUAUUAAAGAUGCAGAAAAAUCUUUGAAAUCAUAUGGAGAAAGUUCACGCUCGGAAUGGGGUGAAAAUCAAAACAAGACAGAGCCUCAGUCAAAGUCCAAAGAAAUUGGUCGAUUCAACAUGGGUCUCAGACUUCUUGGGAGAUGCAUAAUGAUGCUUCGCACUGAACCAGGGGAAGAGAGAAACUCGGUAGUUGGCAUGGAUGAAGACGUACAUGAAGUAAUCUCAAGACUGAUCACCAACAGUGAGAAUUGCUCCACGCAUUUUAUUGUGGGGAUGAGGGGCAUCGGUAAGACAACACUGGCGCAGUGGGUUUAUCAACAUACAACUAUUCAGAACCAUUUUAAAUUCAGAUACUGGGUGUCUCUAACUGAUCACGGAGAUGAGGAAAAGAAUGCACUCCGGAAGAAAUUAGGACAAGAACUCAUGCAUCCAUCAGUGACUAAUAAGGAAAAGGAGGAAGGGACUUACAAGGAAGAGAAUGAUAUAGAGGAAGAGACUAAUAGGGAAGCAAAGGAAAAGGAUUACUCAUUCAAGGAGAUUAAUGAUUUCUUGAAGGCUAAGAAGUACCUUAUUGUUCUGGACAACAUAUCGUCAGUAGAAACCUUGAAGAGUCUAAAAGCAGCAUUUCCGGAAAGCACAAAUGGGAGCAGAAUUGUGAUCACCACACGACACAAGAGUGUAGCUUCAAAUGAUGAGAACUCCAAGCAACUUCGACUACGAACCAAAGAUGAAAGCUUAAGUUUGUUUCAACAGAUGGUGCACCUUCCGUCGGAUACUUCUGACCAGCCUGAACUCUCAGAAGCAGAAGCACAAAAAGUGAAUACACUCGCACGUAAAGUAGUAGGAAGAUGUGGGGGUCUGCCACUUUCAAUCUUACGUCUUGGGUAUCUAUUGUCUGGGAUGAAGAAUGUGACUUACGAGCAGUUGUCAAGGGUGCUUGAGCAUAUCGAUCAUAACCAAACACCAUGGUCGGAAAUAGUGGAAUUUAAUGAAAAAGAUUUGGCUCCGCAUCUAAAGAAAUGCCUUUCAUACUUUGGACUCUUCCCCAGGGACUCUGAAACUUCAACAAGGAGAUUAGUUGCUUUGUGGGUGGCGGAAGGAUUGGUACAACAAACAGCUGCUGAGCAAGAGCCUCUUGAAUCAGUUGCAAAAAGGUAUUUGGAUGAAUUAAUAAGCCGCAACUUGAUACAAGAAGUGGAAAGAAAGCCUAACGGGAAGGUCAAGACAUGUGGCUUCCCUAGCGCUCUGCGAGAUUUAUGGUUGCGAAAAUUUCCAAUUUCAACCUUAGAUGGGCGUCUUAAUUAUAAUACUGAUGAAAAUGAUGCCUGUUCUACCUCUAGUCGUGGUAGCAGCAGAAACUUACAAAAUUUAUUGCGAAGUUGCAGAAAUCCCCGCUCCAUUCUCUUCUUUGAUACUCGAGAAGGAAAUAAACCUGGAGAAGAGAUAGGUAACUUCCUUUCUAUGGGCAUUGCAAGUGGGCAUCUCUUACAAUUACAAGUCCUUGAUCUUGAACAUGUAUUCCGACCUAAUUUGCCAAAAAAUAUAGGGGAAUUAGUUAAAUUAAUAUAUCUAGGGUUAAGGUGGACUUACCUAGAGGAAAUUCCAUCAUCAAUUGGCAACUUACUCGACCUCCAAACUCUAGAUGUGAGGCAUACUGAUAUCCGUAGUCUUCCUAAAUCAGUAUGGAAAUUGAAGAAACUUCGGCAUCUAUGGAUGAACCAGAUUUAUCGAAGCCACAUUAAGCAUCAACGUGGGAAUUCUUUGCAAAAUCUUCACACACUGAGAGGUGCAUUUAUAGAUAAUGAGAGUCUGAAAGCUGGCCUUGGCAAGUUGACCAACCUUAGAAAAUUAGAACUAGCAUUCCAGUUGAACCUGUCAGAGCAAACUUCAUUAGCAAAGAGUCUUUUGGAACUGAAGAAACUUCAAGCUUUGAAAUUGAAAUCAAUUGAUGAAAUGAGCCGGCCUCAAGAUCUAAAGGCGACGUUCUUGUCUGACCUUGAAAAUCUUUCCAACCUAUAUUUGUUUGGAAAAUUAGAAAAGACAUCCAUUAAUGGACUCCCACAAAGCCUGUCGGACCUUACCUUAUCUGCCUCUAGGCUUUCAGAUGAUCCAAUGCCAGAGUUAGAAAAACUUCGCAAUCUAAAAUGUCUCAGUUUGUACGCCGGUUCUUAUAUUGGGAAAAGCAUGUCAUGCUCAAAGGGAGGCUUUCUCCGGCUUCAAGUUCUGAACUUCUUGAUGCUUAAGGAACUGGAAGAAUGGAAUGUGGUGGAAGAAGCAAUGCCGAACCUCAAGAAGUUGGAGAUUCGUUCCUGCUACAGUUUGAAGGUACCAAAUGGGUUGAGACAUCUCAAGACUCUUGGUGAAUUGAAGUUAAAGCGUAUGUUAGUAGAAUUCACAUCAGAAAUCGAGGAAACCAAGGAGAAAAUUUGGGCCGACUUUGCUAUCUCUCCGGCCAUAAUUAUUGAUGAGCCGUUGUCAAUGCCAAAUGGAGCUUAAGAUUUUACAUAUAUUUCCGCUACCUUUCAUUACUUGUUUGACGAUGAAGAACAAUGCGGGUGUUGGACAAAAACCAGCAGAGGUGUUUGGCUCACCAGAGGGUACUCUUUUUUCCUUUUCUUUUUUUACCUUUUAAUCUGUUGCUUGGUUCUAAGGCGAUUGUUCAGUAAUAGUAGUAUGCUUGACAAGCAUAUGAGUGGAAUAAUGUUGUGCGCUUUGUUACAAAGUGAUACUGUCUCUGUUUGUGUAUUUUUUAUCCCCUUUCACUCGCUUGGUUCUAUGGUAUUGGAUCAAUAAAAUGUAAUAGUCAUAUGCUUACCAAGCAAAUGACUGAAUAAAAUAGUACUCUUUCUUAAACAAUGUGAAACUAUCUGUGUGUUUUCUUAUUCCGUGGGGGUAAAUGUUCUUUCUAUAUAU